AUGACCCGAGCGGACGAUCCGGAUCAUCCGAAGCAUGACCCACCGCGUCGACGAGGCCGCGCCCGCCCGCGCCCCACUCCCGCCUCGUCCUCUUCGGUCUCCAACGCCUUCGUAUCGACCGACGCCGAGAGCAGUCGCAGCCGCGCGCCCCGCUCGUCGUCGUCCAAGAUGAAGAUGGCGUCGCUCAUGGCGGUCGUUGACGAGCAAGAGAGCGACGGCGAGCGGAAGCUCGGCUUAAGUACGAACAAGAGCAAGCGCGUGAAGGUCCAUGCGACACGCGACGACUGGAGCGCGCGUCAGGAGCCAAUCAGCAUCCAAAGUCUCACGAGGAGCUACCCGGAAGAGAGCAGUGUGUCUCUUUCGGCUACUAGUGACGUGUCGACGCUAGUUGAGUCAGUGCUGCUCCCUCGUGGAAGUGACAAGAAACGACGGGACACAAGUGCCAAUGAGGUGGCGGGCAGUGACCGUGAGCGCUCGAACGGCGCGACGUUUGCAGGAGGAGAGAUAGCAGUCCAGGAAGGACGGGGCGCUCGUUGUUUGACUACUACUUUCCACUGGCCAGGACAGACGGCGGGACUGCAAGUAGUAGCAAUGGACAGGCUAGUAGAGGACCGGGUACGAGGACGUUGA